ACUAAUUGUCUGCGAUACUCAUAAAAUUCCCAGACUAACGAGGGGUUUGCCGCGAAGGCCUCCGGUGUCGCAAGACUCGGUGCCUGAUAUUUACGCCAAAAUCCACCGGCACCCCUAAAAGUUGGCACUCCGGAUUCCGCGGAAAUUCCGCUGCCGGUCAGGAUCAGAAUGUUGCUGGUGUUCGAGAGGACCUCGCGAAAGGACUUCAUGACGUUACGCAUGUGUGUCAUGUGUGUUUCUCGCGGCAAAAUAAUUAACAAUUCUCGCAAGUAAUCAUGAAUGACAAUUCUUACGAGUAAUCACGUGUCGGGGACAAUCAGUUGUCAAACAGCUGAUGACGUAUGGCCACGAGAUGUCAUCGCGAUAGCUAUCAAUAGUGUCAAUAGGAGACGCUUCGAUCAGUGCGUCUCCGAAAAGAAAGCAUAUAUAUUUUCUUGUAGCAAUUUCGAUAUGAUCUACAUAUCAUCUUCUACGUUCAUAAAACAUUGAAAACCAAGUAUUUAUUGCAUUCAUAUUACCACGAAAUUUUUCACAAUCUGAGAUGCAUUGAAUAUCCUGGACGUAAUCGGUGCUGGUGAUAAUUGCUGUUAUCACACAGCUAUAUUAACCUAAAAUUAACCUAAAUCUAAAUCUGAACAAUGCAGAGGGAAGAAAAACAAUUAGAUUCAGCUUUAGAAGCCAUUAUAAUGCGAGUAAAUGAUGUAAAAACCUCAAUUGCCGCGAUGAUAUAUAAAAUGGAGCAUGAAUAUGAGACCAUGAAUUGGCCAAAUUUCCUCGACAAUUUUGCCCUUAUUUCAGGUCAUUUGACUAGCCUUGCAAAGAUGCUCGGACAUGAUAAAGCACCCAAUCUCAAAAACUUAACUGUUCUACCAUUACGUUUGAGUCCAGAAAAAGAUGAGGACUUACUUCGAUUAACUGAAGGUAGAAUUCCGACAUUUGCACACGAUUUGGUUCCUGACUAUUUAAGGACAAAAUUGGAACCUCAAGCUGAACAGAAAAUGAUGCAGUUGGAAGCUAAAGCUGCAAAUGUUAACAUCGACACUUCACAUGACUACAAUAAACAAGUGGCGCAAUAUACAAAGGUGGUUAGUCACGUGUGGGAUAUAGCAAAUAAGACACGUGAAGAAUGGGAGAGUGAAGCUGGAGCCAGGGCUACACAAGCACAGACCAGCAGUGCUGCGGACACUCAUGCUCUUCUGGCUGCUGUGGGAAUGGGUAAAGGUUUAAAGUCUGAUUCUAUACAAAUGGUUCAAUCUGGCGUAAAUCCAGUAAAUAACAGCAUGAUGGUGGGCAGACCUGGCAAUCAGCAGCAGACACCAGGACAAGGUCCAAUGGGUAAUCCACAAAUGGGACAAAUGAAUAAGGCGCCGAGUGCAAUUAAAACAAAUAUCAAAGCAGCAUCACAAAUUCAUCCUUAUAGAUAAGAGUCAUAAAUAAGAGUACACCAGUAUAUAUGUAAGUUAUAUGAUUGAAAAUACAAUUUGAAAAUUUGAGGAUAUCUAUAACUUUCUAAUUUUUAUAUAAAGUGUAAUUAUAGUAAAACUUAAUCAUUAUAUAUAAUUUAUUAUUUUAAUGAUAGGAUGUAAUAAAAGAUACACAGACACAAUUAUAUUUUAAAA